CAAAACACUACUAAUAACAUGCCCACUACUUAACCAGUUAACCUACUACUUUUAUCCCACUAAAUAGAUCAUUAUGUAGACCAAUAACUAAUUAUUAACAACUAGUCCUAACUACUAGGAAAACUAUUUGACUAAUUUUGGAGCAUAAUCCAACAUAUGAUGUAUGUUAUAUUAACGAGUGCAUUUGUUUGUCUAAAGUAUGUUAUAGUGGCACCUUUUCUGGUCCAUAGCAUAUACUUGUAUGUGGUGGAGCAAGAGAGAGAUCUUACCUACAUUGCUGUAGUCCCAUUUAUGCUAUGGAGGAUGCUUCACAACCAAAUCUGGAUCAGUUUUUCUCGUUAUCGAACAGCCAAAGGCAACAACCUCAUUGUCGACAGGAGUCUCGAGUUUGAGCAAGUUGACAGGGAAAGGAAUUGGGAUGAUCAGAUAUUGUUAAACGGGAUGUUAUUUUAUGCUGGCUAUUGGGUUUUGGAGGCUGCAAAAAGCUUGCCCUUAUGGAGAUUUGAUGGUUUCAUUCAAAUUUUCUUACUUCACAUGGGUCCUGUGGAGUUUCUCUAUUACUGGUUCCAUAGAGCUCUACAUCACCACUACCUCUACUCUCGCUACCACUCUCAUCACCAUUCUUCAAUUGUGACCGAGCCCAUUACUUCGGUCAUUCAUCCAUUUGCGGAACACAUAGUGUACUUUAUUCUGUUUGCUAUACCAAUUUUAUCGACUACAUUCGUUCAUACAAGCUCAAUAGGUUCCAUAUUCAUUUAUAUCACUUAUAUUGACUUGAUGAACAACAUGGGUCAUUGCAACUUUGAGGUCAUUCCUAAAUGGGUGUUUACAAUAUUUCCUCCCCUCAAGUAUCUCAUGUACACUCCUUCGUUUCACUCUCUGCAUCACACUCAGUUUCGAACAAAUUACUCACUCUUCAUGCCAUUCUAUGACUACAUCUAUGGAACAAUGGACAAAUCUACAGAUACUCUUUAUGAGACUUCUCUUAAGAAACCAGAAGAUAUUCCAGAUGUUGUUCAUCUUACACAUCUAACAACACCACAAUCUGUCUACCAUCUUAGGUUAGGCUUUGCCGAACUCGCCUCGAAACCACUGACUACCAAAUGGUAUCUAUGGCUUAUGUGGCCUCUAACAUUAUGGUCCAUGAUCUUAACAUGGAUAAAUGGUCGGACAUUCAUUAACGAAAGAAACACCUUUAAAAAGCUCAAGGCGCAGUCAUGGGUUGUACCACGCUUCAAGAUUCAUUAUCUUUUACAAUGGCAACGAGCUGCAAUUAACAAGUUGAUUGAAGAAGCCAUAAUAGAGGCAGAAGAGAAAGGAAUCAAAGUAGUGAGCCUUGGACUUUUAAAUCAGGGGGAGCAGUUCAAUAAAAAUGGUGAAAUUUACAUGCAAAAGCACCCAAACCUCAAAGUGAAAGUGGUAGAUGGUAGCAGCUUAGCUGUUGCAGUGGUUCUUAAUAGUAUUCUGGGAACUUCCCAAGUACUGUUUAGGGGUAGACUCUCUAAAGUUGCUUAUUCCAUUGUCUGCACAUUGUGUCACCGGGGCAUCCAGGUUGCUACAAUAAGAAAGGUUGAAUAUGAGAAGCUUAAAAAGGCUUUGACUGUAGAAGAUGGCAGCAAUCUGGCCCUUUCAUCAAAAGGUUGCAAUCAAAAGGUAUGGAUAGUAGGAGAAGAUUUGAACGAACAAGAGCAGUCUAUGGCAUCCAAAGGAACUAUAUUUAUUCCCUUCACUCAGUUCCCUCCCAAGAAAACAAGGAAAGACUGCUUCUAUUUGAAUACUCCAUCUAUGGUGGCUCCUACAUGUUUUGGAAACUUGCAUUCUUGCGAGUUUUUUCACCAUUGUGCACCUUUAUUCAAUUGGCUACCAAGGAGGGUGAUUAGCGCGUGGCGUGUGGCGGGAAUACUACAUGGUUUAGAAGGAUGGGAUGUAAAUGAAUGCGGGUCCAUAGUCGAUGCAUUGGACAAAGUCUGGGAAGCUUCCUUUCAACAUGGAUUUCGUCCUUCACUGACCCCUGCUUAGCUAUAAUAUGCUAGUGUGAUAUCUUAAGAUCUCUAAUAUGAGCUAAAUUAUGUUGUGACUUUGUGAUGAGUUUGAGAAGAUCUUUGUUAGUUACUUAUUAGUAUGCUACGCAUUUAUUAAGAUGGGUUUUAUUAUGGCAUGCUUGCAUUGUAUGUAAUAUGGUCUAUGGGCCAGAACAUAUAUCUUUACCGAUUAUAAUGAUAUGCAAUCUAAUUAAAGUGUGGUAUGAUUA